AUGCCGUCUAAUCCUGCGUUCGAAAAGGAAUCAGGAGGAAGUGUUCAAGAGGCCGAGGGUGUGUUUCUUGAUACCACUUUGACUGAUUUUGAAGAUGAAUCAACGGGAUAUGGAGACGCUGAUACACAUGGAUGCUGGCAUCAAUUUAAGGAAUAUUUAAGAAAAAUUUGGACAACAAGAGAGAUGAAAGGAGAGGGCUCUGACCGUGAGGUAAUAAUCAAAACAACAUUGAGAGAACUUCUUAUUUACAUUCUUUUUGUAGUCACACUCGUCACAAUUGCUUUCGGAAUGCUUGAUCCCAAAGCCUUCUACAUGACGGAAUCAAUUCGAGAUGUUCUUAUGAAUACGCCUUUGGAAGAUGCUGACAUUACCUUAGGAACUGUAAACUCGAUUGAUGACUAUUGGAAAGUUUUAAGAGGACCUCUUCUGGACGUGUUAUAUGACGACGUGUGGUAUAACGAAGCUAAAAUUGCUUCAGAUGACUCUUAUUUCAUUGGCUAUGAGUCACUUCGACUUGGAUUGAUUCGCAUAAGGCAACAGCGAAUGGGUAAUCAAUCGUGUAGCAUUCCCAAGGAUUUCGCUCAACAAAUCACUACCUGCUAUGGUACCUAUAGAAUAGGUUUGGAGGAAACUUCUCCCUUUGGACCAGCAAAUUCAACUGCUUGGAAAUUUACAAAUGGGGACACUCUGGAAAUGGGAAUGCAUUUCGGAUCCAUAGCGGUAUACGGCGGAGGUGGCUAUUAUCUUGACCUGCCAAAUGAUAAGGACGAAGCCAAAAGCAGUCUGGAUGAGCUAUUUGAAAACCUCUGGAUCGAUAGAGGCACUAGUGCUGUCUUUGUUCAUAUCAAUAUCUACAAUCCCAAUGUCAAUCUCUUCUGCAUUGUCUCACUUGUCGCUGAAACACCGACAACAGGGGGAAUUCUAAUAAGUGCUGACUUUAGAACGGUGAAGUUGCUACGUUAUGUGAGAACACAGGAUUAUGUUAUACUGGUCUUCGAAUGUCUGUUUCUUCUUUUUAUCCUGUAUUACAUCGCAGAAGAAGUUAUUGAAAUUUCCAAUCUUGGCAUUAAGUACUUCAAGAAGUUCUGGAAUAUUUUGGAUAUCCUCGUCAUCGUUUUAUCAUGUGUUUGUGCUGGCUUCAAUAUCUUCAGAACUGUUAGAGUUAACGCCACCAUAAGCAGCCUUCUCUCUAAUCUAGAUGCCUAUUCAAACUUCGAGCGACUCAGUUACUGGGAGAUGCAGUUCAGUAAUGCUGUUGGUCUGCUCGUUUUCUUGGUUUGGAUUAAGAUAUUUAAGUACGUAAGUUUCAACAAAACCAUGAAUCAGUUGAACCUCACACUGGGUAACUGUGCGAAAGACAUCGCUGGUUUUGGGGUGAUGUUCUUCAUUGUCUUUUUUGCCUUUGCUCAAUUGGGUUACCUAGCCUUCGGUACACAAGUUUCUGACUUCGGAACAUUUACCACUUCCUUAAUGACCCUGUUCCGUAUCAUCCUGGGCGAUUUCGACUUUCAAGCCCUGCAAAACGCCCAAAGUAUCCUCGGUCCGCUAUAUUUUCUCGUCUAUAUUUUCUUUGUGUUCUUUGUCCUAAUCAACAUGUUUAUUGCUAUAAUCAACGACACUUAUCUGGAAGUCAAAUCAAACCUUUUGAGCCAGCCCAGUGAGUUUCAGAUGAAGACAUUUUUCAAAACGGUAUGUAAAAUGUGA